UGACAAAGAACUAUCCAGAACAUAAAAUCAAUAACAAUCUGAAAUCAGUAUACAAAAUAGUCAGAAAUAACGUGAUUUUAGCAAAUAUGCAACAGCAGAAAAUGUUCGGAAAUAACGGGAAAUUUUAAGAUUUGGUAAACAAACAAAAAUGCUAUGAUUUUGUCAGAUAAAAAAGACUGCAAAUAUUAAAAAAAUAUCUGAAAAUGGUCAGACAAAGUGUUAGGGGAAAUGCUGUGAAUUUCCCUGACCCAAUUUUGGAAAAUACUAGAACUUUUUAAAAUAUUUUGUUUUUUAAACAAUAGAUUUACUGCAAUUCUAAAAGUAUUUCCCGGUAUUUGUGUCCAUUCACUCCAGUUUUUCUGGUUAUGCUCGGAUAAUGCCUGUAUAUUUCCCGUCAUUUCCUAUCAAACUUUCUCAAACAUGCUUGAUCAAAUUCUGAUGAUAUUUUUUUUUAUAUUGGGAUAUUAGCUAAGCAUGUCGCUAAGUAGGUAAGUCACCCACUGAAGUCAUAUUUACAUGAAUUACGUUUCUAAGUCUGUCUACCUGGAUACUGUCAAACAAUCCAUAAAGCUGACGUUGUUGCAUCUUCCACGCAUGUACUAAAUUAAUACAAAAUUGAUAAACCAGUUAUGUAUUCUAAAACCUUUACACAUAUUAUAUUUAGCAUUUACUGGCAUCAAUCUCCCUACUUUAAAACCAAAACAGGUCACAGUAUCAUAAUGGUUAAACGAUUAAAACUUGAAAAUUUAGUCUGUCUUGAAAAUUUUGUCAGAAAUCGAUUCUCUAUCAAGGUGAAUUUUUUUUCACUUUGAAAAUUUAGUUAAACUUGGCAAAUUGUUGCCACGUCGGACUCGCAGAUUUUUAAAUAUUAAAUAAUAAUUUUUAAGGGACGGAAUUCCCAAGUUUUCACCGUAGACCCAUCCCAGUGACACCUGUUCAGGACACACAGCCCACAUACACUUAUUUACUCAAUACUGAACUAAAUCUUAAUCCAAUUCACGCAGUAAAACAUAUUGACUGUUCACAAGGCAAGAUGAAGACGUUGCUGGUUUUCCUGGCUGUAGUAGCUACUGCUUUUGCUGCAGUAACUAUACGUGACUGUAAAACUAACGAUGACUGUAAUGAUGGUGAAUGCUGUGUACCAGAGUACAGAUUCCACAUAGUCAGCAAGAGGGUUCUACCUGACCUGCCUUUCCUGUCUAAACGAGAGGGCAGAUGUAUGGCCUAUAUACAGAAAGGGGCCUCUUGUCACUCCCCAGGGUUUGCCUCCUGUGGCUGUGCCCCGGGCUUGGUCUGCAACUACUACCCAGACGGCAAGAGUAAGAGAAUGAUCAUCUCUAGACCAGGGAAUUCCUUCUGUGAGGAAGGGUCAACUGAUGCUUAAACAGGAAAAAAAAUCCUUAGAUUGGAUUCCCAGCUGAAAAGAGUUGCCGCCAGAACUGUUGCUGAUGACAAUUUUCUGUAAGAAUAUCAGGAAAAAUAUAAGCCAGUAAAGCUGUCAAAUGGACUGACAAAAAGGAGAAAAUGAUGUUGCACAAAAAAGGGUUAUUUUGUCAGUUUUGUUGCAAUAAAACAUUAUGCUUAAUAGAAAAAGUCGACAACAAAUUUUAUUUAUGCACAACAGGAAACAUAUAUGUUAGGCAUAUGUAGCUAUUUCAGAGUCGAAUCUUAAAAAUGAUAUGUGAAAAAUUAACUUUAACGGAAAAUUG